CGUCAAGAGAGGUGGGGACCCGCUGCCAGCACCCACAGACCGGGGCCCGCAGGGUCCCACCGGAGCAGCCCACCGGCACGGCAAAGGCCGCAGAGGAGAAGGAGGAAAAAUAGAAGAGAGGUCCCAGGCGGCAGCGUGCCCAAGCCUCCCCCGAGGAGGCCACGUCAGUUGUCAAACUCCUGUGCUGAGAGAAGUGGCUAAAAUGAGACCUGAAAGGUGACAGAGGUGCAGCUCCGGUGACGAACCACUGACUGCUUCGGCACCCAAGAAUGCAUUUCUAGGUGCCAAUCCUCUCCCCAUCAAUCCUACAAGCCACUAGAGCGAGGUCCGGUAACUUCUGACAAAGAGCAUGAGCAAAGCACACGAGGAGGACUUCAAUUAACCCACACACCCCAUAACGAAGCUUCUCCCCAGAGUGGACAAGACAAUCUGGUAACCAAAGCCUCCCACACGGACGCCGGGGCUGAAACUUUUAAUUUAAGCACCAAUGCCCAGAGGAGAACGUGGCUGCAGGACACGAGUGAGGAACAUGUUAUCAUGCCAGGGCUGAGCUUGGAUCUGGAGCACAACCAUGAUGAACGGUUCGACCUGCAACGAAACAAACCUCAAAACCUACUACGCAAUUACUUACACUUUCAUCCUGAUUCCUGGACUAAUAGGAAACACAUUAGCUUUGUGGGUCUUUUACGGGUACAUGAAAGAGACUAAAAGGGCUGUAAUAUUUAUGAUCAAUUUAGCCAUUGCUGACUUAUCGCAGGUUUUGUCCUUGCCCCUGAGGAUUUUCUACUACUUGACCGGGACAUGGAAAUUUGGACCAGGUCUCUGCAUGUUCUGCUUCUACCUGAAGUAUGUCAACAUGUACGCAAGCAUCUACUUCUUGGUUUGCAUCAGCGUAAGACGCUAUCUGUUUCUUAUGCACCCCUUCAAAUUCAGUGACUGCAAACGCAUCUGUGACGUGUACAUCAGCAUCGUGGGGUGGGUCGUGGUCUGCAUUGGCUGUUUGCCUUUCGUGCUUCUCAGACUUCACAAGGACGAUGGUAACGAAACGUGUUUUGUGGAUCUCCCCGUAAAGAACAUUGGCAUUCCCACCUCCAUUGUGAUGAUGACAGUAGGUGAAUUGGUGGGGUUUGUAACACCCCUACUUAUUAUCCUAUACUGCUCCUGGAAGACUAUCUUAUCACUCAAAGAAAAAAACUCUGCUUCACAUGGCCUCGGAGAGAAAAAAAAGGCUUUAAAGAUGAUCCUCACCUGCGCUUUGGUAUUUCUGAUUUGCUUUGCACCUUAUCACAUCAGCUUUCCACUGGAUUUCUUUGUCAAAACCAAAAUAAUUAAAAACAGCUGCGUCCAGAAGGUGAUCUCGGUGUUUCACGUUUUAGCUUUGUGCCUUGCCAGCUUGAACUGCUGCGUGGACCCAGUCAUCUACUAUUUUACUACAGAGGAGUUCAGGAGACGCCUUUCCAGGCAGGAUUUGCAGGACAGCAUCCAGCUUCACAACCUCAGGAAACACUCCAGAGAUGUUCUCAGGGAGGAUGCCACGGAUCAUCUGGAGGAUGCCAGAAGUGCUGAACUUCUCCCAAAAGUUGCCAGCAUUUCAAAUAUUCCCUAUAUUUAGAGUUUUGGCCCACUCCCUUCCCCACCUCCCCCCAGGACACUGAGAGCGAUGACUCAAACAAGCUUCUGCUGAUUUUAGUGAGGGUUGAAGAAAAACCAAACAAAAAAACCCCAGAACCCAAACCUGACUGAAAAUAUUUUGAUUUAAUGCUUUGGUUGCAAAUUUUCUCUGAAUACUAAUAGCACCGUGUAAUUCCCACAGGCCCUAUUUCUAAGCUGGGCAGCCAGGAGCAGGUAGCUUUGGCAGUAGGAGGAGGACCCAGACCCAUGGCAAGAAGUGAUGCUGUGCCCCAUUGUCACUGGUGGGGCCAUUUCCUGACCACGUCCUGGUCACCUUGGCCAUGUCCUGAAGCACCUUGGCUUCAGAAAGAGGCAGCAAAGAUUUUGGAGUCUGGCUAUACAAAAAGAAUUUGAUCAUAAAAAUUAGUAGAUGACACAGUAUUACAUAUUUCUGAAGCAAAAGACAAUCCAGCAGUGACUAAUUUCUAUGGAGAGCACCAAGAGCUUGCCUCAAGGCAUGUUGACCACAGAGCAAGGAGCAUAAGGUGGCCCCAAAGGACUUGCCAUUUAAAUAAUUAACCAAAUCUCCAUUUCGGGGUGGAGCAAAUGCCAUAACCCUGAAUCACAAAGUCACUGAAAUGUCCAGACACUAUUUUUCUGCCACCAUUUCCCAUUUCUGGCUCGAAAUCGUAUCGGUGCCUCUGAUAAGCUUUAACCAUGGGGCUGCGCUUUGAGGGUAUUUAUUCAGGCUGGAUUUUCCUCAAGCCUUUCGGGUCCUCUUUUCACCAAAGAUGGAGCAAAUUAUUUCCCUUUCACUUAUAACUGACCCUGCGCCAUCACAUCUACUCUUAGUUAACAGCAGCGUGAUUAAAAGAGCCAGAGGAACCAAACCUUUCUGAAGUUUGCUGUAACGGGAACUGAACUCUCUAUAAGCAGAGGCAAAGGUACCACCCAAAAGGCUACGAGAGAUUUUAUAGAAAGGCUCAAAUGUGGGUGUAUUUUUAAGAAUAAUUUCUUUGAAACCAAACAACAGAAGCUUUGAGCUUUACUGGUAUUUCAUUUGCACCUUCUUGUAAAAUUUAUUUUUCUGUGAACAUUUGAAAUGUUACAUUUUGAAGUGUAAAAAAAAACUGUGACAGUACGAGGCUUUAUUUAAUGCAAAUGUUGUUUUAUAGAUUUAAUUUAUAAAAAAUUAUAUAUUUUGUAGAAAAACUAUGUGAAUACCAGAGUGUGUUGGAACACAGACUUUUUUUCUUUUUAAGAGCCCUCCUAUAUAAUAAAACAAAACUCCAUCACCUCAUCUCUCAG